CGAAUCCCUGAGGCGUGCCGGCUGCACCUAGGAAACAGUCGCGCAGGCACCUGAGUUUUCUGAAGCACAAACAUUUAGGGGUGAACGUGGAGGAACGCAGGAUCUGAGGAGCGGUGGUUUUGUGGCCUGAGAACAACGGGCUUGCCCCAUUCCAAGAUGGCGGCGUGGCUUCACUGAGCGUCUUGCUUCCGCUUCUCCGCCGGGGGAGGCCCUCUUUGAUUGGCCAGAGGACGGCGCUGUGGCGUGACGCACAGGGUCGCUGACCAGUCGUCUGAGAGCUGAGCUGGACUUGGCGGUGGGAGCCGGCGCGGGGCCCUAGCAGCUGUGGGUGCGGACGCGGCCAGGUGAACUGCUCCUGCCAGUUUCUUUUUAGACUAUGGCAACAUAUUUGGAGUUCAUUCAGCAGAAUGAAGAACGAGAUGGUGUGCGCUUUAGUUGGAAUGUGUGGCCUUCCAGCCGCCUCGAGGCUACAAGAAUGGUUGUUCCCCUGGCUUGUCUCCUCACUCCUUUGAAAGAACGUCCAGACCUGCCUCCCGUACAAUAUGAACCUGUGCUCUGCAGCCGGCCAACUUGCAAAGCCAUUCUCAAUCCACUUUGUCAGGUUGAUUAUCGAGCAAAACUUUGGGCCUGUAAUUUCUGUUUCCAAAGAAAUCAGUUUCCUCCUGCUUAUACAGGCAUAUCUGAGGUGAAUCAGCCUGCUGAAUUGAUGCCCCAGUUUUCUACAAUUGAGUAUGUGAUACAGCGAGGUGCUCCAUCCCCUCUGAUCUUCCUCUAUGUGGUUGACACGUGCCUGGAAGAAGAUGACCUUCAAGCACUCAAAGAAUCCCUGCAGAUGUCCCUGAGUCUCCUUCCUCCAGAUGCUCUGGUGGGUUUGAUCACGUUUGGGAGGAUGGUGCAGGUUCACGAGCUCAGCUGUGAAGGAAUCUCCAAAAGUUAUGUCUUCCGAGGGACCAAGGAUUUAACCGCAAAGCAAAUACAGGAUAUGCUGGGCCUCACCAAGCCUGCCAUGCCCAUGCAGCAAGCAAGACCUGGUCAACCACAGGAGCACCCUUUCGUUUCAAGCAGAUUUCUGCAGCCCAUUCACAAGAUUGACAUGAACCUCACUGAUCUCCUUGGGGAGCUGCAGAGGGACCCAUGGCCUGUGACUCAGGGGAAGAGACCUUUGCGAUCCACUGGUGUUGCUUUGUCCAUUGCCGUUGGCCUGUUGGAGGGCACUUUUCCAAACACGGGAGCCAGGAUUAUGUUGUUUACUGGAGGUCCCCCCACCCAAGGGCCUGGCAUGGUAGUUGGAGACGAACUAAAGGUUCCUAUUCGUUCCUGGCAUGAUAUUGAGAAAGAUAAUGCACGUUUCAUGAAAAAGGCGACCAAGCACUACGAGAUGCUUGCCAACCGAACUGCUAUAAAUGGUCACUGCAUUGAUAUUUACGCUUGUGCCCUUGAUCAGACGGGACUUCUGGAGAUGAAGUGUUGUGCAAAUCUUACUGGAGGCCACAUGGUGAUGGGAGACUCUUUCAACACCUCUCUCUUCAAACAGACUUUCCAGAGAAUUUUUACUAAAGAUUUCAACGGAGAUUUUCGCAUGGCAUUUGGUGCUACUUUGGAAGUGAAGACCUCUCGGGAGCUGAAAGUUGCAGGAGCCAUUGGUCCUUGUGUGUCUCUGAAUGUGAAAGGACCAUGUGUGUCAGAAAAUGAGCUUGGUGUUGGUGGCACGAGUCAGUGGAAAAUCUGUGGCAUGGAUCCCACAUCUACACUUGGCAUCUACUUUGAAGUAGUCAAUCAACACAACGCCCCGAUCCCCCAGGGAGGCAGAGGCGCCAUCCAGUUUGUCACUCAGUAUCAACACUCCAGCACCCAGAGGCGCAUCCGCGUGACCACCAUUGCCCGAAAUUGGGCAGAUGCACAAAGCCAGCUCAGGCACAUAGAAGCAGCAUUUGACCAGGAGGCUGCAGCAGUCUUGAUGGCUCGGCUGGGGGUGUUCCGUGCAGAGUCAGAGGAAGGGCCUGAUGUGCUCCGGUGGCUAGACCGACAGCUCAUUCGACUGUGUCAGAAAUUUGGACAGUAUAACAAAGAAGACCCCACUUCUUUUAGGUUAUCAGAUUCCUUCUCUCUGUAUCCUCAGUUCAUGUUCCAUCUUAGAAGAUCUCCAUUUCUCCAAGUGUUUAACAACAGUCCGGAUGAGUCAUCGUAUUACAGACACCAUUUUGCCCGACAGGACCUAACUCAGUCCCUCAUCAUGAUCCAGCCCAUUCUGUACUCCUACUCGUUCCACGGGCCACCAGAGCCAGUACUCUUGGACAGCAGCAGCAUUCUGGCUGACAGAAUUUUGCUGAUGGAUACUUUCUUCCAAAUUGUCAUUUACCUUGGUGAGACCAUAGCCCAGUGGCGUAAAGCUGGGUACCAGGACAUGCCUGAGUAUGAAAACUUCAAGCACCUUCUGCAGGCACCACUGGAUGAUGCUCAAGAGAUUCUGCAGGCCCGCUUUCCAAUGCCACGUUACAUUAACACGGAGCACGGAGGCAGCCAGGCCCGAUUCCUUUUGUCCAAAGUGAACCCAUCUCAGACACACAAUAACCUGUACGCUUGGGGACAGGAAACAGGAGCACCCAUCCUAACUGACGAUGUUAGCCUGCAGGUGUUCAUGGAUCAUUUGAAGAAGCUGGCUGUGUCCACUGCUUGUUAAACUGGAGAUGUGAACGGAACAUUGUCACAUUGUGUUCACAAUUGCUUAUUAUGGCUCAAAAACAUUCCUUUCACUUUCCUUGUGAGUUUUAAUAAAUAAUCAAAGGAAGCAUUGUAUGUAACUCUUUAGAUUAUAAUUUAUUUGUAUUCCUUAUUUGUGCCCCUUUUCUUGCAACAUGAAAUUGUAAGGUCAUAAGUGUUUUGGUACUUGUAGAUGUUUAUAUGCUUUUUGUAUCCUAACUUCACACUUAUGUAAAAUCAGAGAUACUGUAUUUUGGCAACUUACUUAGAUGAAAAUCAUAAUGAUCAGAAAGGAAAUAAAUAUAGAUAAAGAAAGCACUGGCUAAAAUAAUGCUAAUACAAAUUUGAUUUCCUGA